AUCAGUAGAAUAUGUCUUGUUGAUGUCAAAUAAAUAAGACAAGUUUUUAAUAAUACAUUAUGAAAUGUAACUAAUAUAGACCCGUGUUUUGGGAUCAUUUCAUUAAUUGAAGUUCUGGAAAUGUGUCAAUACCGAUCUGCCUCAGUUUGUGGUUGUUAGGAGGCAACGAUGAAGGGUUAAGGGAACUUUAGCGCUGCGAGACUACACUUUAUUUGGGGGUGAAAAGCACAACCAACACCACCACUGCUGCUGUUGCGCCACGCAUUGGGCCCAGAUAAAUCCAUGCCAGGAGGGUGUGAGAUGGCUCUUGAUGUCUUCUAAUUUGAGCUGAAGACUAGUUGAAAACACGGGCCUCCUGCUCCCGGUCAUCAACCCUCAUUAUUCGAGCCAAGUCUACAGUGUUUCAUACGGCUAACAGUCACACUAGUCCCCUUAGCCCCAGAGAGAAGCCUCUUCAGUACUCUUGUCAGUGUCUCCCGGCGUUGCCAGUGACUCUAUAGGCCAGCUGAAUGUGAGGGUGGAUCAAACUCAGAAGAACCAGCUUCAUAGUGCCUCAGGGAAACCCCUCUACAACGUGCCUUCAACCUUUCUGUGCCUGCAGCCACUAAACUAGCUAACAAGCCACAGUGUCCUGGUAGCUCUGACGUUAUCUCAUACGGACAUAACCCUGCUGUGUUGGAGCCAACCGUUCACAGUUACAGGCACGGAUCCUGGCCCCGCAAAAGAGCCUUGUCACUCCAGCCUGCGCCCUAUCCCACGUGUCCAUCUCCACCAAAGGCAGAACGCAUCUUAAACUCAGCGUCACAGCCUGCUGAAAGCACCACCACCAGCAUGCCCACCAACCAGUCAGUCUCCUGGACCAGUGGCAAGCUGAGAGACAAUAGCAAAGGGUUUAUGAGGCCCACUAUGGGUAAAGUGCCUUCCCGUCCCAGACAAGAGACUACCCAGACAAGAGACUCAGCAAUACCUUUGUCCCCCCUGACCCAGUCAGAUUCCUAUUGCCGUGGGGGGGACAAUGUGGACGGUAAAACACAGGCUAUGUUCACACACACACCCCACCCCCCCAACACUGUUCCUUUUCAGGAUAGAUCAGCCCACCACCUUGCUGUGGCACAGAAUCAGAUCUGGAAGCUUCAGGACCCAUGUCAGUUUGAAAGCCUGGUGGCAGCAGAAAUGGAGGGGGCGGACCACCCCCAGAGGCUGGGGUGUUGUCCUGUUGGCCACGGAACUCCUGGAACUCCUCCUAACACACCGGCAGAGAGAAUCAGGAAGUUCAACUCUGAGUUGGAGUUCACUGAGACUGUGAGGAAGCUGACACAGUCACGAGACGCGCUCGCCCCUCAUCCCAGGAACGAGACUGUUAACGGAGUUACUACUGGACCCUCAGGGUCCAACAUGGAUCCAGUCAAGAUGGACAAAGUCGUGACUACUAGCUCUGUCUCAGUCAUCCACAGCCUUGCUCCAGCCAAACCCUCUGUACCACUCUGCCUUACUAAGAGAGACCAGGAGACGGAGCCCUCUGUCUCUCCCGUGUCCAUGGAGACCUCCAGUGCCUUCAGCCUCGACAGCAACGCCACAACAACAAACAGUAGGAGCACAGCAGCCUCCAUGGCACCUCUACCCCACGCAGGGAUGACUCUAACCCAGUCCCCUACCCAGGCCAGUGCCACAGCUAGUUCUGGUGCAGGGAUGACUCUAACCCAGUCCCCUACCCAGGCCAGUGCCACAGUUAGUUCUGGUGCAGGGAUGACUCUAACCCAGUCCCCUACCCAGGCCAGUGCCACAGCUAGUUCUGGUGCAGGGAUGACUCUAACCCAGUCCCCUACCCAGGCCAGUGCCACAGCUAGUUCUGGUGCAGGGAUGACUCUAACCCAGUCCCCUACCCAGGCCAGUGCCACAGUUAGUUCUGGUGCAGGGAUGACUCUAACCCAGUCCCCUACCCAGGCCAGUGCCACAGCUAGUUCUGGUGCAGGGAUGACUCUAACCCAGUCCCCUACCCAGGCCAGUGCCACAGCUAGUUCUGGUGCAGGGAUGACUCUAACCCAGUCCCCUACCCAGGCCAGUGCCACAGCUAGUUCUGGUGCAGGGAUGACUCUAACCCAGUCCCCUACCCAGGCCAGUGCCACAGUUAGUUCUGGUGCAGGGAUGACUCUAACCCAGUCCCCUACCCAGGCCAGUGCCACAGCUAGUUCUGGUGCAGGGAUGACUCUAACCCAGUCCCCUACCCAGGCCAGUGCCACAGUUAGUUCUGGUGCUAGUUCCAUCCCAGAGAACACUGAGGUGGGUUCUGAGUCGUGUUCAGGGUCUACUCAGAGUUGGAGGCCUUCUGUCACCUCGGUAACGACCCAGAUAUCUGCCUUACACCUGACCAAGGAGAGGAGUGUCCUGUCUCUACAGGGGGGGCACAGCAACAGCCCCUCCCAGUCCCUACCUGCCCUGGAAGAGGAACAGCAGGCUACUGAGUCACCUCAGCUCCCCAGUCCAGAGAGUGUUGCCAUGCAGGAGGAUGGAGACGCAAGGGAUGAAGAGUUUCCUGAUGAUGAGCUGGAUGACUGCAGUGGUGGUGGUGAUGAUGAUGAUGAUGAUGAUGGCUCUGACUGCUCCUCUAUAAACGAUGCCUCAUCCACAGCCUCCAUGCCCGUCCAUGUAGCAGAUGAGGAGCAGAUGAGCCCUGAAUUAGAGGAAGAGGUGAAGCCAGCUUUGAUUCCCAGCAUGUUCCCCCUCAUCCCCCCCACGCUGUACUUCAGCACUGCCAACCAGAGAGUGGAGUCCCUGCCACCAGAACAGAGGAAGCUUCUCAAAUGGAAGAUGAGCACUGUGACUCCCACUGUGGUCAAACACACCAUCGCCAGGUCACACUUUAAAGUCACUCAGAAAAGUCAUGAUUGGCUUGGCUGCUGGGGUCAUCAUAUGAAAUCGCCUGGAUUCAAGGCCAUCAGGGAAUACCAGAAGUUGAACCACUUCCCCGGCUCGUUCCAGAUCGGCCGUAAGGACCGUCUGUGGAGGAACCUGUCCAAGAUGCAGGCUCAGUUUGGUAAGAGGGAGUUCAGCUUCUUCCCUCGCUCCUUCGUUCUUCCUCAGGACGUCAAGCUGCUGAAGAAGGCCUGGGAGGACAGUGGUUGCAGGCAGAAAUGGAUCAUCAAACCGCCUGCGUCUGCUCGGGGUAUUGGGAUCCAGGUUAUUCACAAGUGGAGUCAGAUGCCACGCAAGAGACCGCUCCUAGUGCAGAAGUAUCUCCACAAGCCCUACCUCAUCAGUGGGAAUAAGUUUGACCUCCGUAUCUAUGUGUACGUGACGUCUUACGACCCGCUCCGUGUUUACAUCUUCCAAGACGGACUCGUCCGCUUCGCCAGCGUCAAGUAUUCCUCUUCUGUGAAAAGCCUUAGCAACAAGUUCAUGCACCUGACCAACUACAGCGUCAACAAGAAGAACUCUGACUAUCAGAACAAUGACAGUGACAAGACCUGCCAGGGACACAAGUGGGCUCUGAAGGCACUGUGGCACUACCUAGGCUCGAAGGGAGUUGACACUACGCUGAUCUGGGAGGAGAUUAAGGACAUUGUCAUCAAGACCAUCAUUGCGUCUGACCCGUACGUCAACACGCUAGUCAAGAUGCACCUGCGCUCCUCCUACAGCUGUCAUGAGCUGUUUGGCUUUGACGUUAUGCUGGAUGAGAACCUCAAGCCUUGGGUUCUGGAGGUCAAUAUAUCUCCAAGCCUCCACUCCAGCACCUCUCUGGACGUGACCAUAAAGGGCCAGAUGAUCAGAGAUGUGUUAAACCUGGCGGGUUUCCUUCUGCCUCAGAGAGAAGAGGUGCACCCGUCCUUCAGUUCCUCCGGCAGCUCCUCCAGCAGUUUGAGUGGAGGAACCCGGGAGAGAACCAGAUCGGAUAUUUCUACUGAUGAGAAAGUCAAACGGGCCUUCUACCUGAGCCAGCGCUUUGCAGACCAGGACUUCUUCUCCUCCAUCCUGGACGUUAUGACUCCAGAGGACGUGCGUGUCCUGGCUGAGACGGAGGACGAGCUGAGCAGGAAGGGAGAGUUUGAACGAGUGUUCCCGUCCCACUGCUCCUCACGAUACCUGCGCUUCUUCAAACACCCACGCUACCUCAACAUCCUGCUCAACCAGUGGGAGACCAAGUACGGACAGAACAGGAGAGAAGGUACGUCUGACUGGAUCCGUCUCAACUUUUCCCUUUAUGGUGGAGUUAUUUUGACCAGGGCUCGUAGGUAGUGACUAU